AUAAAAUCGGAACCAAGAAUCUAAGUCACCACAAGUUAACUUUUACCCUCCAAGUGUUUAACAUAGAAGAAAUGAAACUCUUCCUUAUUUUGUUGGCAGCUUCGGCUGCUGUACAGGCAGCCAAAAUACCGCUCCAAAGUCGUGUGCACCCUUUGAAUGUUAUGCUGGGUGACGGUAAACAAAGUCGUAUUGUGAAUGGAAAUCCAGCCGGGCCUGGCCAAUUCCCAUUCUAUGCUGCCGUUGACAUCCUCACAGGUUAUUUCUGCGGCGGAUCAAUCAUCAGUAAUCGAUGGGUUUUGACAGCGGGUCAUUGUGGUGUGCUUGGUGGCAAUACCGAUUUCAAGGUAGGCGUUGGAUCUCUAGGAGUUCCGUCAGAAACCUUUUAUAUUUCGGAUGGAAUUCAUGUUCAUGAUAAUUAUGACCCGUGGACACUUGCUAACGAUAUCGCCUUAAUACAUCUUAGCAGUGAUAUAAUUUUCUCAGAUUACGUUCAAGCGGUCACUUUACCCAGCAUUGGAGAAGAGAACCAGUUCGAAGAUUACAAUGCAAAAAUCGUGGGACACGGGAAGACUUCAGAUGGUGCCGGAGGAGUAUCGCCUUAUUUGCUUUAUGCUGAUGUAUCAGUGAUGUCAAACUAUGACUGCAGGAUGUAUUAUGGAGGUUUAAUAAUUAAUUCGAUGAUGUGUGCUAUUGGAAAUUCUGGACAAAGUACCUGCAACGGAGACUCAGGUGGCCCUCUGGUAGUCGAAAAUAAACUUGUCGGAGUUAUCUCGUUUGUUUCCGGAUACGGUUGUAAUUACGGUUUACCGUUUGGGCAAACGCGGGUUACAAGCCAUCGCCAAUGGAUUUUUAAUGUAUCGGGUGUGUAAACAUGAGAAAAGGAAAUCUUCCUUGGAUCUGUCUUUCUGAUCGUAACAAUACAAUUCACUUCCUGAAUUACUUAGAAAAUCCCUAAAAAACUUAUUUUUGCAGAUGUCAAUAAUAAAUUGAAAAAAGUA